CCGGACCACUAACCUGAUCACUAACCCUGAUCACUAACCCUGGACUGAUAGCGGAUCAAUAGCGGUGAGAAGGCGCAGUGAGAUCUCUGUGAUUCUUGGAGGAGGCAUGCGGCUCGGUUCACUAUUCAGGCUCUAUGUGCUGUGGGGCUUUGUGGUCGUCACGACCUCCGUGACCAAGGCAGCCAAGAGGAAGGUGGCAGGGAGACGGUCCAGACAGGUGUUUGAGGCGGAGCCUGUGGAGGGGGUGUGGUCUGACUGGGAGGAGUGGUCUGACUGCUCUCAGACCUGCGGCGUGGGCGUCUCACAGAGGAUCAGGAAGUGUAUACCUCCUCCUCCACCUCCCCUCUCCCACUCUCCACCUAACUGGGCAGGUUAUUUACCCGGGGGCAUCGGAGGUCCUGUCAUCUCACCUGGGCGCCCCUUCUACCCUCCUCGUUACCCCGGGCAACACCAGCCUUACCACUCCCCUUCGCUCUCCACCAAUCACAACCCAGGGUUGUCUCUGUAUCGGAAUACCAACGCCGGAGGAGGAGGAGCUCCUGUACCGGGACAGGCCAAUCCAAACCCUCCGUUUUACCAGCCGGAAUUCACCCCAACCAAUCAAGACCAUGUGUCUGUUUACCGAUCGCCCUACCACGCUCCUUCACAUGGCUACAACCAGCCAGCACGCACCAUCAGGAGGCCGACCAAUCCAGGAGCAGCGAGGGGUGUAGGAGGCGGGAGCAGAAGGUCGAUCCCCCCCCCCAAUCGGGAGGGUUUGCCUGCGAGGAGGUCUUCCGCCAUUCGUCCAGGUCAGUUUGGGUACGGCAGGGUCCCGUUCUCUCUGCCUCUGCAUCGUCCAAACCGGCAGGCUCGCCACACUGCUAACGGCACUGACGCUGACACAUCACCUGGACUCAAUGACGAUGACGUAGAGAACAACAGGAAAGAGGAAGAGGAGACGGGGAGUGAUGGAGACGACGGAGAUGCAGGGAGGCGUGAGGAGGAGGAAGAGGAGAUCACUGAGGUGCCUGCUGCUGAGGAGUUUCCCACGACGACCACCACCACAACAGGCAACCCACAACGCCACCGCGUUGACCGACCCCCGCAAACUAACACAGAUCACGGGAGGGCAAGAGAGCGAGCGCCACCCUCUCGAACCUUCGCACGCUCCCCACCAGCAUCUCUGCAACCCAACCGCCACCGGUUUGACUGGCACACUGUCACCGCACCGCCUCCUCCCAUUCCUCCUCUCUCCAACCCAAACUCCCCUGCCGUCACGUCGCCCUUUUCUUCUCCUCUCCACCGCCCCAUGCACAGAGACCGGGACCCCCACCCAGGCUUCAGCCCGCACAUCCAACCCAAUGGCGACAUCUACCCUCUGCAACACGCCCAAAUCCCGCACCUGGGAGUGGAAUCAGGCAGGGAUGGAGGAAGAGGAGCUCCUCAAGUCUACAGAUGCUCCGGGCCAGAGAAGGAGUACCGCAGGUGCUUCUCACAGGUGUGUGGAGGAGGUGCGUUGGAGUCCAGAGCUGAGCAGUGUACAGCCUUUAACACCCAGGAGUUCAUGGGUCGCCUCUACGACUGGGAACCUUUCACUGAGGUUGGUGCGGAAAAACAGUGCGAGCUGACCUGCAGACCUGCCGGCUAUCGUUUCUAUGUCCGCCUGGCCGAGCGUGUCAGAGACGGGACCCCCUGCUUCAACGUCAGCUCCAACGACGUGUGUGUAGAGGGACGAUGUCUGACCGAGGGUUGCGACAGGGUACUGGGCUCCGGCGCUGUGAUUGACAAGUGUGGAGUGUGUGGUGGGCGGGACAGCUCCUGUCGAAAGGUGACGGGAAGCUUCCAAAAUGUCUCGGUUCCCCUCGGUUACCACAAGAUCCUGGACAUCCCGCCCGGAGCUACUUUCAUUAACAUCAACGAGAGGCGAGCCAGCCCUAAUUACCUUGCCAUGAGGAGUGGCACGGGGGCUUCAGUGGUGAAUGGACGUUGGGCUGUGGACCCUCCUGGGGAGUACAAGGCAGGAGGGACUACUUUCACUUACACCCGACCUAGAACACAGGCGGAGGGGGAGGAAGAGAAAGGCGAGUCCCUCGGAGCUCCAGGGCCCACCACCACACAGCUACAGCUAUAUAUCAUUUUCCACAAGGAGAACCCAGGCAUCGACUACGAGUUUUAUGUCCCCAUGGAGAAGAAGGAGGUGGAGAGAGAGAGGCUGACGGAGAGAGAGAGGGAAGCACCCAGAGAGAGAGAGAGGGAAGCACCCAGAGAGAGGCCGAGGGAGCGAGAGCGAGAGCAAGGGAGGUCACCCCUUCGCAGUCCUCUCACAGUGUCAGUAGAAGACCCUCCUCCGGCUCCUCCUCCUAUUUCGGUCCCUUCUUUCCCCUCCUCCUCCUCUUCCAGCUCUGUGUUUUCUCCCCCUUCGUCGGACCGAUGGACACCUGAGAGGUCACGUCCUCGGGGCUCUGCACCCAACAGGAAUGCUCGUAUCCCCCCUCGCACUGACCUGCCACCAGACACUCAGCCCCCUUUUGUGUGGAGGAGAGGAGGACUCACAGAGUGCUCUGUUUCCUGUGGCAAAGGUUCUCAGAACAGAGUCAUUCUGUGUAUAAACCGCCAUACAGACGAAGAAGUCCCGGACAGGAAGUGUGACUCUGCCGCCAAGCCGGUUCCUGAGGAGGAGCCUUGCAACACAUUUCCCUGCCCACCAUUCUGGGAGGCCAGUUCGUGGUCAGAGUGCAGUGUGUCCUGCGGCCCCGGCGUGCAGCAGAGGCAGCUCCAGUGCAGGCAGAGCUUUGGGAACCGCUCCACCAUGGUCCACCCGCAGCGCUGUGCUAACCUCACCCCACCAGACUCCACGCAGGCGUGCCAGCAUGGCCCCUGCUCCCACUGGGAGGUCAGCUCCGACUGGGGCACGUGCUCGGUGGACUGUGGAGUUGGGAGGAGGACGAGGAGCGUGAACUGCCUCAGCGAUCAAGGCAGCGUGGUGAACGAAAAGGAGUGCAACACCAGGGCUCGCCCGCAAGGAAGCGAGGAGUGCAACAUGGGCCCCUGUGUAACCAACUGGUACUUCACUGGCUGGUCCAACACUUGUUCGGCGCAGUGUGGCCCCGGGGUGCAGAAGAGGGAGGUGGUGUGUCUGACCCGAGGAGGGGUCAGAGAGGGAGGAGGAGGAGGGGACUGUGUUGGGGAUAAACCGGCAGAGAUGAAGGCCUGCAACGGAGGUCCCUGUGUGCCAACGACCAUGUGGUACAGCAGCCCCUGGACACAGUGUAAUGUCCCCUGUGGGAAUGGAACUCAGCGACGAGACAUCAUUUGUGUCAAGAAGACAGGGAAUGAUUUGACUGUCGCACCAGCCAGUGAGUGCGCUCAUCUGGACAAACCUGCCGCGGUCCAAGAGUGUGAGAUGGGAGAGUGUGAGCCUCAGUGGUUCACAACAGAGUGGAGUGCGUGCUCACGUUCUUGUGGAAAAGGCUUACAAAUGAGAGAGGUACGGUGUCUAACACCAGAGAAAAAGCACAGCCAUGAAUGUGAUUUAAGACCCAAACCUGAACAGGAGCAAAUCUGCAACACAAUACCCUGCAGUCCACAAGUCCCAGAUGAAAACUGCCGGGACAGACGUCACAACUGUGCGACGGUGGCUCAGGCCAGGCUGUGCGUCUAUUCCUACUACAAGACCGCCUGCUGUGCCUCGUGUACCCAGAGUGCUCAGCGUAACAAGAGGCACUGACAGGUGUGCAAGAAGUCGAGGGUUAGGUCAAAAGGAGCCCUGAAAUGAGAAAUCUAUAGAAAUGGAAAGCCCUGAGUAGACAGAUCCGAUAACAUUUAGCUAUUUUCUCCUGAUUCUUCAGGUAAAACACUGUGAAAGCAGCCGGUUCCUUUUUCCAGUUCUCUGCAUACGGUUUCAUAUUGUCCUUUUAGAACCACAUAUUCCACUGAGAUCACAUCUGUUUACUUUGUGCGUUAGCUUUAACAGGUUCAUAAUGUGUCACAAGGGGCUGAGUGAUGCAUUCGCUGUGAUUUCACCUCUCGGAGGCUGAGAGAUUAUAAUGGAAGGUGCUCAUUGAGGACACCGCUGUGUUUCAACAGCAAACUUAGCCUUUGUUUUAAGAUCCUCUUUAAUCUACAGGAUCUUAAAAUCAGACAUGCAUACCACUAAUUAUGAAAAGAAACGUGCUGAACAAAUAAUUACCAUGUGUGCUAGACGAACUGUGUAUACUGUAGUACUACGUGUGCUGAAGAUCUACUGGAAUAGAUCUACUGUGUUUCAGACCCCCAACUAAGCUAGAAGAAGGAUUUCAUUAACAUAUCGUAUGUCUUUUUCCUGUUUGCCAAAAAUAUUUCCUCAAGCGUCCUCUUAUUGUUCAGUAUUUGGACAGAUGAACCAAAGGAGUGGGGUGACUGUGGCAGUUAGUGACCAAAUAUAUCAGAACGGGAAGAAGUGAGAUUCUUCCGAAACAAGAAGGAUAGUUAGACAUGAAGUCCUUCAAUGUGUUCAUGUCAGUUACAUAUACAUGUAGGUCUCUUUAAAGAGAGCUGUUGGAGUUAAAAUCCACGGCUAAGAUGUGAAGACUCAUAGCUGCAGUUUUUACUAAACUAAAGACGAUGCUGCUCACUAAAUAACACACAAAACAUUUUAUUAACAAGGGAUAAGACAGGUGUUGUCCUAUACUUUUGUUCUUGUCAACAAAUCACAUGAAAAGACCAAACCAACAAUGUGUUAGCCUGAUGAUGCAAAUCUUUAAAAACAGCUCACAAAUAUAUUGUUUCAUUUGUUUUAAACAUGCUCAGUCAUUUCCUUAAACAACUGGGCACACUGUAGUUUUUAGCAAAUGUUAGCCAAAAAAGAGUAAAUAGUGCAUUUGUUAGGGAUUAUUUUCAGCUGCGGAUUAACAUGUUAGUUAGUAUUUAUGACACCAGGAUGGUGCAAUGUGGGAUUGACUCAAAAUAAGCUACAGUGCCCAUGUUCAUCAUAAAGGUACAGUGUGUAGGAUUUGGCAUCUAGUGGUGUGGUUGCAGAUUGCAACCGAGUACCUCUCCUCUCACUCCUCACUUU